AUGGUCCUCUCAUUCAUUCUCGUUCAGAACCGUCAGGGCAAAACGCGACUUGCCAAAUGGUAUGCCCCGUACACUGAUGAAGAGAAGGUCAAAUUGAAAGGCGAGGUCCACCGCCUCAUCGCUCCCCGAGACCAGAAAUACCAAUCCAAUUUCGUGGAGUUCCGUUCUGCCCCCAGCUCCUCCAGCUCGACUUUACACCACACCCAACCCCUGGUCCGCCAGAACCUGUCCUCGACCAAAAUCGUCUACCGGCGCUACGCCGGUCUGUUCUUCUGUGUCUGCGUUGACGCCAACGACAACGAACUCGCAUAUUUAGAGGCGAUCCAUUUCUUCGUCGAGGUUCUCGACCAAUUUUUCGGCAAUGUCUGUGAAUUGGACCUGGUGUUCAACUUUUACAAGGUCUACGCUAUACUGGACGAAGUCUUCCUGGCCGGCGAGAUCGAGGAGACGAGUAAACAGGUUGUCUUGACGAGAUUGGAACAUUUGGAUAAAUUGGAAUGA